GCUUGGGAACUCUCAAUUGAAACUUUUCAUAACCCCCCAGCUCCGCUCAGGUCUCUUAUCAAUUUCAGUUCUCAUCGGUUAACGAUAACUACGGAUGCGCAAUUUCUUCUUCUCUCCUUGUGCUCUGCCGUCUCGCUGUUCAGAAGCAGAGGAAAUGGACACCGAGGCCUUGGCCAUGACAGCCGAAACUUGGGCGCUCGUGGUCCAUUUGUGCCCGCAUUCCGGGUUUUCCGUGAGCCAAGGAGUCGGUACUCACAAUCAUGGAACAUUCCACUUCCCACAGUCACCCAAGAAACAUCGCCAUUCGCAAGGCAUCAAGCGAGUCGGCUUCCCCGCACAGCUCCGAUCUCGAUGUGCAAAGACCUCCAUGGUGCAGCAGAGCCCCGCCCGAGACCCUGCAGAAUCGAAUAGCCAUGGUCUUCACACUGAGACAUGCAGCAUUCACGAUUGGGCUCGCAAACCACUCAACUGCAGUGAAAAGCAUUUCUUUUGUGCUAUCACCACCCGACUGAGCAGCGGUGAAGCUGCUACCGUGGGAGAAUUAAGCGAUGUUGGUCAAUGUCCCCGCUGUUCGGUCGACUUAUGUGGCAUCCUUACAUUGCCGGCACACAUGGCUUCUUUUCACCAUCCGACCCGCAGACGCCCAUCCCAUCUCGCUGCGAUGAGGGCCUGCGGGCUUGACAGUCGGUGGCGUGGCCGGUGGCGUGGCCCGGGUCGUCCCGGCGGCCGGUCUCCCACGCGGUCCGUCGGAGACCAGGACGAUGACACCAGCCUCAAACUGACCAUUCCCCUCUACCAAGGAAGAAAAAGAAUACAGGGACUCCGUCGGCCAAACUCCGAGGCCAGGUGGGUUUGCUGAUCUCCAGCUUAAACCCGGAACCCCUCCAAACACCUGCAUGCGUACCAUUGGCGGUGCGUGAUGCAGCCUGCAACCAUCAAAGGAUCCCCAAUGGAGU